ACUGACAUCACAGAGGAAUCGUGCUAACAUUGAACACUUGUAAGGUGCUUCAAAAAUGGAUACACAUGUGAUUCUGAAUGGAUUCUGAUGUGAUUCUGAUUGUGAGCCAAAAUGUUUAAAGAUUUUUUCAAGUAUUACAAAAGUAAAGAACCACCCCCUGAUUUUGGCGCUGUGAUUGAUUUUAAGAAACCAGAUUACUCCAAAGUUAGAAAUAUUUUGCCAGAUGUGAACGAGGAUGAAGGAGUCGCGCAAGGACUUAAGCCCAUCAAAGAAUGGAAGAUUUACGGAAUUAUUUCGAAACCUGGUCUAAUCUUCAUUGAAAACCCUUUCACAACACUUGGCCAACAGUAUUGGAUAACCAGAUGCGUCAGAGAUUAUUCGAGUAAGCCAAAUAAAACUAACUUGGAUCUACACAAUCUCUUUACCAAACAUGAAAAUUGGUGGGAUGAAUGCUCAAACAGUGCUGAGAGAGCUCGAACUCUUUUACCAAAGUUGAGAUGGGCAACACUAGGUUACCACCACAACUGGGACACGAAAGAAUAUUCUGAAAAUGCAAAGGACUCGAUGCCUGAGGAUAUGAUGAAGCUUACGAGAUGUUUGGCAAAAGUUGCUAGCUUCCAUGAUUUUAAGGCUGAAUCGGCAAUAGUUAAUUACUACCGGAUGAACUCAACACUAUCAGGGCACACAGACCACUCAGAAGUUGACUGUGAAGCCCCACUAUUCUCAGUAAGCUUUGGACAGACUGCAAUCUUUUUGAUUGGGGGGUUGUUGCGAGAAGAUCCAGCCGAUGCAAUAUUUAUACGAAGCGGGGAUAUCGUUAUCAUGUCAAAGAGUUCUCGAUUGAGAUACCAUGGAGUUCCUAGAAUUUUAGCAGCAGAUUCUACACCCUGGGAAUCAGAAAGUUCGAAAGAUAUAACACAAAUGAAAGAGAAAUUUUCAGACUGGGAUAGAAUAAAGUCAUACAUUUGCGAGUCACGUGUAAAUAUGAAUGUCAGGCAAGUCCUGAGGCCUGGACAAACAUCGCUGGAUAACAACAGUCCGUAAAAAUAAUUUUCAAAAUAUAUGUACAUACAUAGUAGUAAUAAAUAUAUUUUUUCAUA